AUGAGCUUUUCACGCUCAGACCGAGAUUCUCGGUCCUUAAGUUCUAGCCCAAAGUCACGCACAUCAAGUUUUGAUUCCCGAGAAACCCAAGAGAGAGAUGUAACCAAAGAAAGAAGAAGUCGCGAAUCGCCAGACACGUGUUUGUCAGUGUCUUCCUCUUCUUCAGAAAAUGAUUCGCCGUGCCGCUCAAGAUCCAGGUCACGUCGGCGCUCAAAAUCACCUUUAAAACGAAAAUCAAGAGCCAGGUCGCGUGUGCGCUCAAGAUCCAGGUCGCGUGUGCGMUCAAGGUCGCAUCGACGCUCAAAAUCACCUUCGAAAAGACUCUCAAGAUCCAGGUCGCGUGUGCGMUCAAGGUCGCAUCGACGCUCAAAAUCACCUUCGAAAAGACUCUCAAGAUCCAGGUCGCGUGUGCGMUCAAGGUCGCAWCGACGCUCAAAAUCACCUUCGAAAAGACUCUCAAGAUCCAGGUCGCGUGUGCGCUCAAGGUCGCAACGACGCUCAAAAUCACCUUCGAAAAGACUCUCAAGAUCCAGGUCGCGUGUGCGCUCAAGGUCGCAACGACGCUCAAAAUCACCUUCGAAAAGACUCUCAAGAUCCAGGUCGCGUGUGCGCUCAAGGUCACAUGUACUCUCAAAGUCGCCUUCGCGACGCUCAAGAUCCAGGUCGUCUAGACGCUCAAAAUCGCCCUCAAAACGAUGCUCAAUGUCAAGGUCGCGUGUACGCUCGAAGUCACCUCCACGAAGCUCUAGAUCCAGGUCGUAUCGACGUUCAAUGUCGCCGCACAGCUCUAGAUCCACAUCUGAGUUGCAAAGAAAACAAGGCUCACCAUCGACAUCCGAUAAAAACAAGGAAGAAAAAGGUUAG